GCAUGCUGCGGUCGUACACUAGCGAUCGGAGCAAGCUGGGCCAAGCGGAGCAGUUCUUCUCGAUGCUGGGUGACUUGUGGCUGUACGCACUCUACGUGGACGGCAUGCUACACAUGGAGGGGUUUGAGCCGAACGUCGAUGCACUGAAGCCACAGCUAGACACAUACAUUGGCGUCUGCCAGGAGAUACUCACCAAUCACAGCCUCAAGGAGUUCCUCAAGCCCAUUCUCAUCACCGGAAACUUCAUCAACUCAGACAGUUACGCGGGCAACGCAUUUGGUUUCCGGCUGAAUAUGCUUCCGAUGCUGAUCGAGAGACACUCGAACAACACUUCUUCAUUUCCUCGUCGCUUGCGCAUGACACUUCUUCAUUUCCUCGUCGAAAUCGCCGAAAAUGAACAAGCGCAGACGCCGUCCUUCACCAAAGAUCUCCAACAUAUGGACCAGCGUUCCAGGCUGUCACAGGAUGCCGUGCCGGCAGAACUGAAACAGCUGUCUACAGGCAUUGAAAAGUUCGCGACUCCGCUUCCACAAGGCGACGCUGACCUCAAGCAACACUUCAGCGGCUUUGUCACAACGGCCAAGGCGCAGUUGAGAGAACUGUCUUCGAGCUUCGACCAAAUUGAACAGCUCGCGCGCAAGCUAGCUGAGCAUUUUUGCGAGGAGGAAAGCCACUUCUAUGUCGAUGAGUGUCCGCAGAUCUUCAACAACUUCUGCGAAAAAGUCAAGUUGGCGCAAUAG